UAAUAUUGGUUAAAAAUACAAAAAGUAUCGAAUAGAAAAAGCGCUUCACACAGAACAGCAAAUGAAGGAAGGAGAAUGAGGCCUACCAUGACUCGAGUUUUCCUGGACAACUUUAAUGAGAAAUGAUUAGGACAGCUUGGUUUAUUUAUAUAUGUGUUGAAUUUUGCCACAGUUACACGGACACUGGAUGUUGUGGACAAAACGACAAUGGAUCUUGUUGGAGAUGCUGCAAUAAUUAUGAACUCAUUAAAGGAAACUGUCGAGCUUGUGAGCCAGGAUCAAUGGGUGUUAACUGCAGCAUAAAGUGUAUGUAUCCUCAUUAUGGAGAGUUUUGCAUUGAAUCGUGCUCUACUAACGCCUUACAUUGUUCAAAAGAGGACUGUGACCCUGCAUCAGGAUGCAUGGUAAAAGAGACCUCAGUGACAUCGUACAUAGCGCAGACCGUUAUAAUGUCCUCAUCACAAGAGACUUCAGCGCAGGGAAACAAUCAACACAACACUAUUAAUGGGGAAAUCGUUACAACUAAGCGCAAAGAAUUUUCAACUCCCCAUGUGAGUAUGGGGAAAAACACUAAAUCCAACAGUCCAGAGGAAACAUCAGUCCCAAGGACAAUCAACACUAAGCAAACCACGUCCUCUAUCCGCCGACCGUCCACAAGGAAAUCCCCGGAGAGCGUCAAAGACCUGACCAGUGAAUCCUGGCUGAUUUCUGUCGUGGGAGUCCUGGGGAUUUCCCUGGGGGUCAGUCUCGUCGUGAUUCUAGGUCUGGUGUGUCUCUUCGUCUGGAAGAAAAGACAAGACAGCACCAUAGGAAAGUCAACAAACACGAAACAUGAUGGCAGACAAAGAGACCUAGAGACAAACAUGUACAGCUGUGAGCAUAUGGAUAGUAAGGAGGCGUUGACUUUGACAGAGGCGGAGAUAGGCACCAGUGUUACAAAGCAGAGUUAUAGAGAAUCCUCAGAGUACCAGACCCUCUGUGCUGUCUCUCCCCUGAGGAAGUCUGACGAAAGAGGCCGUUCUGACGCCCCUAGCCAUUCUACUGACACUUAUAUGGAACCUGUGACUAGAGAGGGAGUCACUAUCCGCACUAUUGUCGAUAACCCUUCGUAUGUUGAAGUGAUACCAUAGAGUCACAUACUUAUCGAACGUGAUACUUAGCUAACAAGAAAUUUUUUAUUGAAAACAGUAUUAUCAUAUUAUCAUUAAAGUUUUUUUCUCUUUGCAUAAACCUUGAUAAAAAAUAAAUAAUAUUAUAGCAUUUAAGAGUUGAUCAACCGAUGGACCACUGAUGGUUGUAAAUA